CAAUGGCGGGAGUUAACUGUAUACAGGUGGCCGGAUUCAACUAUUAAGCGCCGCCAAUUCUCCUCGGAAUGCAGAAUGAUAAGUGGAAAUGGUACUAUACAGCGGCAAUUUCCUCUCUGGCAGGAAUUUUAUGCUAUCUAAAUUCUUUGUCAGCAGAUUUCGUGUACGAUGACAGCCGAGCCAUCAUUAAAAAUUCUGAUCUCCUGCCUACAACUCCAUGGAGCAAUGUACUUUUCAAUGACUUUUGGGGCACCCCUCUGACUCACAGUGGAAGCCACAAGUCUUACAGACCCUUGUGUGUGGCAACAUUCAGGAUAAACUAUUACAUUGGUGCAUUGAAUCCAUUUGGAUACCACCUUGUGAAUGUCUUACUACACAGUGCUGUUUGUUGGUUAGUUGUGGUGUUGUCAUAUGUGUUUCUACAUGCACACUUCCCAAGUCUAGUGGCAGGGCUACUGUUUGCCGUACAUCCCAUUCAUACAGAGGCUGUGACUGGAGUUGUUGGACGAGCUGAUGUUGAAGCAUGCUUCUUUUUCAUUGCAUCGUUUUUGGCAUACAUCAAGUCACACAAGGCACCUACAAACACUACUCUACAUAAGCAGAACCGUAAUCAGUGGCCAUGGUUGUUGCUGUGUUUUGUAAUGUGUGUUGCAAGCAUGUUGAGCAAAGAACAAGGCAUUACUGUUUUAGGGGUGUGUGCUGUUUAUGAGGUUAUCAUCCUCUUCAGCUCUAACAAGAAACAGGCUGUGUUUGUCACCUUGACUAAGGCUCUCCAAAGUGGCUCUACCUUGCGUCUUUUUUUGGUGUUUUUCACUGGACUUGGGCUUUUAUGUUUGAGAAUUUUAAUAAUGGGAAAGCAAGCUCCUGAUUUUUCACCAUCUGAUAAUCCUGCAGCAAAUUGUGAAAGUAGCCUGACAAGGCUGCUAACUUUGUUGUAUUUACCAGCAUUUAAUUUUUGGCUUCUUCUGUCUCCAAGAACACUGAGCUUUGACUGGUCAAUGGAUUCUAUACCCCUUGUAGAAUCAUUACUGGAUCCACGUUGUGCAAUAACUGUGAUGUUCUACGGAUUUCUCACAUUCUUGGGAGUUUACUGUUUGACAAGGUGUUUUCUUUGUGUUGAAACAAGUAUAGAGGAUCACACUGGAGAUGAAACAGUCAGGAAGGAAAAUCCUUCUGUGGCUCAUAGAAAAGAUCAUGCACCAAAAAAUGGGAAGAAACAAACAAGAUCUACAGAAAGUUCUGGAGGACCUUCGAAAGAUACAAAUUCAUAUCCACCAUACCAGAACAACAAUUUACCAAUGAGAUCAUUCAAUGUCACAUACAGAAAUAACUUGCUUCAAGCUGCCCUUAUUGCUCUUACAAUCGUAAUGUUUUCUUUUUUGCCAGCUAGUAAUCUGUUUUUCUAUGUUGGGUUUGUGGUGGCUGAGAGAAUACUUUACAUUCCCAGUGUGGGGUUUUGUCUGUUGAUUGCAAUCGGAGCUGAUAUAAUUUGGAGGGCUUGUAAUGAGGAUCAGCAGAGGUUAUUUACUGGGCUCUUGGUGUGUGUCUUCAUCUUAUCUGUUGCAAGAACGGUGCAAAGGAACUGGGACUGGCAGAAUGAAGAAACUCUGUACAGAUCUGGCAUCUCUGUUAACCCUGCUAAAGCUUGGUCAAAUCUUGGCAAUGUAUUGAAUUCUCAAAGGAGAGUUAGAGAAGCAGAAGAUGCUUACAGAAAAGCUCUCUCGUAUCGCUCCAAUAUGGCUGAUACUCAUUACAACCUAGGGAUUCUUUUAGCUGAGGAGCAACGCUACAGUGAGGCAGUCCAAAGUUAUCAACAUGCCAUCCACUUUAGACCUAGACUGGCUGCUGCCCAUUUGAAUUUGGGAAUUGUGCUGGCUGACAUGGGGCAUAAGGAAGAAGCUGUUAAGAUUUUGAGAAAUGCUUCAACCAUCAGUGGUCAUGGUUUAAAGGAUCCCAAACAACACUCUCAUUCUAUUGCAUCAAUAAAGUACAACCUUGGACGGAUCUUAGCUCAACUUGGACGAGUAGAGGAAGCCCUUAUUAUUUACCUGGAUGCAGUAGAGACCAGACCACCUCAUUACGAGCCUCAUAGUCUGUUCAACUUGAUAGGUGAGGCAUACUCUGCAACUGGAAAUAUUGAUGAGGCAGAAAAAUGGUACAAAGAAUCACUAAAGAGUAAACCAGAUCACUUGUCUGUACAUCUCACAUACGCCAAACAUCUUGCUAAAAUAGGCCACUUCACUGAAGCAGAGGAUUGGUUUAAGAAAGCACAGGCGUUGAAUAAAUCAGAUCACGGUUCCUGGACUCAUUAUGGCCAGUUUUUGUAUGAUCAGAAGCGAGUGGUUGAGGCAGCUGCAAUGUUUACAAAGGCAAUGGAGUUAGCUCCUGGUGAUUUUGAGAUUGCAUUUACUGCUGCUGGAUAUCUUAGAGAAAUUGGAGACAAUGUGAAGGCAGAAAAAUGUUAUAAGACAGCAGUCCAGUUAAAUCCAGAGAAUCCUGCAGCCCAUAUGAAUCUUGGAGCCAUGUUGCAUCUUCAAGGAAAACUUGAUGAAGCAGAGAAGAGCUACAUGAAAGCACUCAGACUACGGCCCGGAGACCAGCUAACUGAGGAGAAUUUGAGAAAACUGAGAUCUUUACAGGCCAAAAGAAAAGUUUAAGUUUCAAAUAUAUAAUUAUCAUAUCAACUAAGCAUGAGGGCCUUACUGGAAGAAUAUCAGCUCUAGGUCUUGACAGUACGGACCAAGCACAGCAAGGCUCGGUACGAAAAAGACAGAGGGCCAAUAUUCUACCAGUAAGGUCCUGAGCAAGCAUGGUUAAUAAUAGACUUAUUACAUGACUAAAACUACCCGAAAAACUUCAAGAGUGAUCUUGCGGGAUCACAUGAGAUGGUGCCCAUUCCCAUACUCAGGAAUAUUUGACUGGCAAUGGAGCAAUCUGAUUGGUUGAUUUUUAGUUAUUGGUCCUCUGAACUAACUUAAUCGUGUAAUAAUGCAUGGUAUAGUAUCGACUGAAAUUUGAAAACAAUAUAUUUCAAAAGAUUAUUAGUUUUGUUAGAAACUCUAAAAAGUUAAGCAAAAUAGCUCAUUUUAAAGUUCUUAAACGAGUGCUUUAUAGUUCUACAAAUAGAAGAGUGUGCUUGCAGUUCUUCAAAUCGAAUAUUUAUAGAAAAUGCUUAAUAAUUCUAAAAGAUAUUGCUCAGGUUAAAAUGUGUUCUUAGUAUUUGACCUUUCUGAGAGAAGUAACUUAUGGUUCAGUUUAAACAGAAAACCAGUAAAUUAUAGAGUAUGUAAGUUAUAAGUUUGUUAAAAGAAAUUGAAGUUCAAUCAUAAGAUAUACAGAAAUUUGAGAAAGUUUUUUAGGAAUGACUUUUGUUGUUGUAACAUUAAUUUUUAUAGUUAUUAGAGCCUUUUAUGUUUGUUAUUUAAAGAGUUUAUUAAAAGAUAUUUUUUUCCUAUACCAGUCUGAACUAGAUAUUUUUUCCACAAUAGUUGCUACUAACACUUUCAAUGCCUGUCUAUUGCUAAAAUAAACACUUUUAUAUGAACCAAUGUUUUACAGACAACAUACAUGUGCAUUUAAACCACUACAAAAAAGGCUGCCGAUAACAGAUUCUUAGAAAGCAUAGCAGGUAGUUUUCUUGUUGAAUGGCAAAAUAACAGUGGGAACGCAUUGAAGAUGAGUGGCAAAGAUGCCCCAUUCAAAUUGUAAUUAGUACCCGUAACUGGAUACUCACACUAUUGGUGUCAUAACACCAUGUUGUGAUGAUGAUGAUGAUGAUGAUGAUGAUGAUGUUGAUGACUGGAUACCGAAGUGAUCAUGCGCCAUUAUACCAUAUUUGUAUUUUUGUUAUUGGACUUGAACUAGCUUGCAAGCGAGGCUAAUGCAGGGGGUCUUUUCAAAUGCAAAUGAAUAAACAUCUUUUUAACGAUUUUUUCCCUGUAUGAACCUCCAUUGCAAGCUUGGUCCAGUCGAGUACCGAGAAUACAAAUAUGGCCUAUUACAUGACAAAUAGGUGUAAAGGAUGUUGUUGGAGAACCAAUCAAUUUCUGGCACCUUUCUAAGGAAAUUUC